ACUCUUCUUUCCAUAAAUCUAUUAUUCAUUUCCAUAGAAAUAACAAUCAAGAGGAAGAAAGAAAGAAACAAUAAUGAAGAUUGAAAAAGAAAUGUUUCACCCAAUUCAUCCAUGGCACAAGCUUAAGCUGAAUCACAGUGAUAACCCUUUCAACUGUGGUGGUUGCCAUGAAGCUGGCAUUGGCUUCAAUUACCAAUGCCUCCAAUGUGACUUCACCUUGCACAAGCUUUGUGCCGUGGCACAUCCCAAGAUCACUCACCCUUUCUAUCCGAAAUGCGCUUUUGAAUUCUAUUCUUCCCCGCCCGGUGCAUGUGCCAGGUACUGUGACGCUUGUCGAAACGACGUUUCAGGGUUUGUUUACCAUUGUAAGCGUUGCGGUUUCGAUCUCCACCCUUGUUGUGCAAGCCUUCCUCAAGUGCUCGAUGAUGGCGAACGUAGCCUUUACCUUAGUAUGAAGCUCUCGGGGCUGUGCCACCGAUGCGGAGGCAAGGGACCAGGAUGGUCUUACAAGUCUAAAUGCAGGAAUUAUAACCUUCAUUUAUCAUGUGUGAAGGAAUUGCUAGUAGAGAGCUGGCAAGCCAUGUACCUAAAAGUAGACAAGAACAAAGUCAUUGAGGUUCAAACAAGGAUUCCAAGCCUUAAGGGGACACUCCCAAGUAACCAAAGGGAAAGAGGAAAGGUUGAGCAAGGAUUUCAGAUGGCGGGUCGUGCCGCUCGGUGCAUCGUCUCCGCUAUGCUUGGCGACCCGACAGCCAUGAUUGCUGCAGUUGUUGGUAGCCUCGUAUCGAAGUAGAAAGGAGGCAAAAAAAAAAAAAAAAAAAAAAAAAAAAAAAAAAAAAAAAAAAAAAAAAAAGAAAGAAAGAAAAGAAAAGAAAAAGAAAAAGAAAAGAAAUGAAAAAGACAGAACCAAAAUCAUGCUACGUAAUUUUAAUUUAUUUUGUUGUCUUCGUGCUUGUUUGGUUUGUGUGUAAUGUUCAUAAGAUAUUGUUGUUGAAAAGAGUUGUUUGUUUGUUUUUUUGGUUAAUUUUUAUAA